CGUGGCAGCCUAGAAAAUCCCCACCCUCAGAACUUGGAACCCAUCUUGAAAGCUUUAAAAACAGAGCUUGCUCAACUGGGCAACGGUUUCUCAGUUCAAUCCCAAGUUCUGCUUUGCGAAAAUUCAAAACCCAACAUACAAAAGAGGGAAAGAGAGAAAAAAAAGUCCUUUGGGUGGAGAUGAAAAAACUGUAAAAAAGAGAAGUCUUACAGGAAAGAAAGAAUGCGGGGAUUGGGGCUUCCUCAUACACCAUUCAUUCCAGGAAAGAAGCUUCCUUUGUCAGCUUUGGUGGACACUCUACCAAGCUGUCCCACUGUUUCUAGAAAGCCCAUCUCACCCUCGUUAAGAUAUAGAGAGAUAUCAAGGCCCACGGGCAGCAAAGUACAAGUUCAAGCAUCUAACGUUAGUAUUGGAUCUGGAGGCUAUGAUGGCAGGGAGGAAAACAAGAAUGAGAAAAUCGUUCCCAAUGAUGCACCCACUGACAGUUCAUCUGAAAUUGAGAAGCGUCAAAUUCAAAUCCCUUAUCCUCUAUCUGUGGGUCUUGUGCUACUUGGGUGUUCCUUAGUUUUUUCUCUGAUUGCCUUUGUGAAAGGAGGACCUUCAACACUUUUAGCAGCAAUUGCAAAAUCAGGCUUCACGGCUGCAUUUUCUUUAAUAUUUGUUUCUGAAAUUGGUGACAAGACAUUCUUCAUUGCUGCACUCCUGGCCAUGCAAUAUGACAAAGCACUGGUUCUGUUGGGGUCAACUGGUGCUCUUUCACUUAUGACAAUCCUGUCUGUCAUUAUUGGGCGAAUAUUUAACUCGGUGCCUGCUCAAUUCCAGACAACCUUGCCAAUUGGAGAAUAUGCAGCUGUAACUCUUCUAUUAUUCUUCGGUCUCAAAUCAAUAAAAGAUGCAUGGGACCUUCCAUCAAAUGUUGCUAAGAGUGGUGAUAAGAGCAGCCCUGAGCUUGAUGAAUAUGUUGAAGCUGAGGAGUUUGUGAAAGAGAAGGUGUCAAAGAGGCUCUCCAAUCCGCUUGAAAUUGUCUGGAAAUCAUUCACCCUUAUAUUUGUUGCUGAAUGGGGAGAUCGCUCAAUGCUUGCCACGAUUGCUCUUGGUGCUGCACAGUCUCCAUGGGGUGUAGCAAGUGGAGCCAUUGCUGGGCACGUACUUGCAACAUCUAUCGCUGUUCUAGGAGGUGCAUUUCUUGCCAACUACAUUUCUGAAAAACUGGUUGGCUAUGUGGGCGGUGGUUUGUUUCUAGUUUUUGCAGUAGCCACAUUUUUAGGAUUUUUCUAAAAUUCUUGCAAGCCCAAGAGAGGGAGAGGGAGAGAUAGAUUUGAUUGCAAUAAUGAGAAAACAUGCUGCUCAUGGAGACGGCGGAGGAAUUGUUAUUGUAGAGAUAGAGAAGACCUGAGGAUGUGCUAGAACUUAUUCAUAUUGCACAGGUUUGUAGUGAAGUGUGUCAAAAAUUCGACAAAGGGGGAGGCAGAUGUUUCACCAUCUCCAUAUUGGCUUCCCUAGAUGCUUUGUACUAUGAUGUUCCUCCAAUUCCAGGGAACGCCAUUGUUAGAAAAGGAAUGACAAUAAAUAUGGUCGUAAUGUAUCGUCGGCACUUGUAUUUGCAGCUGUUGUCCCAAUGUUAGUGGUGUUAAUGUUAUGGAUGCUAGCAGUGUCACAUUGUGCUUAAAGAA